UGCGGGUGCGGGGAGGGAUGUGCUGGCGGGAGGCGAGGCCCGCGGGGAGGCGGGAAGGCGCCUGGCACCGGAGCGCACGCCCAGGUGGAGCUCUUCCUCCUGGUCGACAGCGGAGAGGAGCAGCGGUCGGAGACCGGUCCGUGUCUGGGGUGUGUGAUGACCCCAAGAGUGUGGGGAAACCAAGAAGGGGCCUCAGAGAUGAUCUGCUCCAGGGCAGACGCGGGGAAUCCAGACAAGCCAGUUUGGCCCCAAGAGGUGUUGGGGCCCGCAGGUGUCUCAGGCUAAGUGCUUGGCCCAUCCCGGAUCGGGAUCGUCAGUGAAUGGUAUUCUCCCCAGGAGCCGCCCCGGGCGUCCCCUUGGACCAAUGCCAAACCUGAAGACCAUGAUGAGGUGUUUCGGGUCCUUGCGGACAGAGACGGUCCUGGCCGUGGUCCUCUGCACCUUCUCGCUCCUCUUCCUCCUCCUCAGUCUGCACACGGCACCGGCGCCGGCCGCGUGCCCCCGCGGGCGCCUGGAGGAGCCGCCGGACCCCCGGGGGGCAGUGACCUGGCCGCCUCUGCCCGCCCGGCCCCCGCCCGCCCCCUGCCGGGCCAACGCCUCGGUGGCCCAGCUGCCCGACUUCGCGGAGCAGCCGCAGCACGUGCGCGACUUCCUGCUGCACAGACACUGCCGCGACUUCCCGCUGCUGCAGGACGCGCCGCUGAGCAAGUGCGCGCAGCCCGUCUUCCUGCUGCUGGUCAUCAAGUCCUCGCCCAGCAAUUACGAGCGCCGCGAGCUGGUGCGGCGCACGUGGGGCCGCGAGCGGGAGGUGCACGGCGUCCUGUUGCGGCGUCUCUUCCUGGUGGGCACGGCCCCGGACCCGAAGGAGGCCCGCAAGGUCAACCAGCUGCUGGCGAUGGAGGCCAGGGUGCACGGGGACAUCCUGCAGUGGGACUUCCACGACUCCUUCUUCAACCUCACGCUCAAGCAGGUGCUCUUCCUACAGUGGCAGGAGACCCGGUGCACCAACGCCAGCUUCAUCCUCAACGGGGACGAUGACGUCUUUGCACACACGGACAACAUGGUCUCCUACCUGCAGGACCACGACCCUGACCACCACCUCUUUGUGGGGCAGCUCAUCCAGUACGUGGGCCCCAUCCGGGUCUCCUGGAGCAAGUACUAUGUGCCCAAGAUAGUGACGGAGGACGAGCACUACCCGCCCUACUGUGGAGGGGGGGGCUUCCUGCUGUCCCGCUUCACGGCGGCGGCCGUGCGCCGGGCUGCCCCCGCCCUCGACCUCUUCCCCAUCGAUGAUGUCUUCCUGGGCAUGUGCCUAAGGCACGAGGGCCUGCAGCCCGCCUCGCACAGUGGCAUCCGCACUGCCGGCAUCUGGGCCCCCUCGGCACGGCUGUCCACCUUUGACCCCUGCUUCUACCGGGACCUGCUGCUGGUGCACCGCUUCCUGCCGUACGAGAUGUGGCUCAUGUGGGAGGCACUGAGCCAGCCCGGCCUCACCUGUGGCAAGCGCAGGCAGAUCUUCGGAGCGGGGUCGGGGCCCUAGCCCCUGGGCGCCUGUCUCCGCCCCGCAGGAGGGGGCGGCAUUUUCUUCCCAGGAAGAGACCUUUGUCCUCCUGGGGCAUAGGGAAGUGCCAGGGAGGGUGUGAUGAGUGAAUAGUUUUGUUUGUUUGCUUUUUUAAAAAAUACGUAUAAGCUUUUAUUUAUUUUAGGGAGAGAGAGAGAAAGGGAGAGGGAGAGAGAGAGAAACAUUGAUUAGCUGGCUCCAGCGUGCCCCCACUGGGGAUUGAGCCCGAAACCCAGCAUGUGCCCUGACCAGGAGUCAAACCGGCGACCUCUUGGUGCACGCGACAGUGCUCAACUAACUGAGCCACACUGGCCAGGGCUGAUUAGUGAAUAGUUUUGUGGCAAAUUCCUACACAUCCUUCAAAACUCACCCAGUACUGCUGAGACCAGGUUCGUCAUACUUCCUGGACUCUCAGCUACUGGCAGAAGCACUUCGGCCAGGGUUCCAGCUGUUGUUGCUGCUGCUGCUUCCAGCCCAUUUGAGUCCAAGUCCCACAUCCCAGCCCUAGGCGGUCUGGUUCAGUGGAUAGAGCAUCAGCCUGUGGACUGAAGGGUCCCAGGUUCGAUUCCAGUCAAGGGCACAUGCCUGGAUUGCAGGCUCAAUCCCCAGUAGGGGGUGUGCAGGAGGCAGCCAAUCAAUGAUUCUCUCUCAUCAUUGAUGUUUCUACCCCUCUCUUCCUCUCCCUUCCUCUAAAAGCAAUAAAAAAAUGAAGUCCCACAUCCCAGCCCCAACCUUGAUCAUGGGCUGGCCCCUAAAUAGUGGCCACAUGCCUGGAUUGCAGGUAAUUGUGGGUGAGGUCUGGCCAUGGUUCACGACCAAUGGGGAAUUCCCGAGGUCGCAUGCAGCUGAAGGGAGAAGCACUUUUCAGCUAGGGGAAGGGCCUUGGACCCUCAGAUGGUAGGAGGGGUCAGAGAGGCCAUGAAUGGGACCACCCCUCCCUGCCUGUGGUAUUAAGUGCUCUGGUGGUGGAAAUAGUGGCCAGAGGAGGGAGGCAGUGGUCUGUCUCAGGCUAUGAAGACUCGGUCUGGAGUACCCAGCAGGCCCCAGGCCCCACACCUGGGAUCCCCAAGAACUCAGGAAACAGUACUGGGACCAGAGGAGUCUUCACUGGGCUCAAGGCCACACAAACACUCACCCCAGUGCCCUGAGAAGGAGGAGGUUCAGAUCCUCGAGUGGCCCUGAGCUCUUGGGACCCAGACUACCCACCCCCACCCCCGACCAGUGUCUUUCUGAUUAGGGAGAUCUAAGCGAACUGGUGAACCCCAAUCCUGCUGGCCUUGACAGGUGUCUGGGACUUGGGACUCCCAGGCAUUGGGGUGGUGGCGGUACACCUCAGGCAGCAGAGUACAGACGGGGGAGUGGGUCCUCAGGGAAUAAAAUGUUUGUUGAAGA